AUGGACCUCAGGAUCCAGAAGCUGCGGCAGGACGUCCAGAAUUGUGCGAUCAACGUUGGUCGUGAUCGUAUGGACACAGGCGUGAUCUCGUCGACGUUAUAUUCGAAGUUUGAGAAGUUGGAAGAAAAAGUCACCCUCCGCUUCGAGACACCGACUGCUGCAGGAAUAUUCCUCGACAGCUCCCCGGCGAAGAACCUGUCGUGGGACUACGCAGACCCGCUGAACCAAUCGGCCAAUCUAUCGCUAAGGCAUCGCCGCGACAUGAAUCUCAACCGCCGCCAACUGUUCCUGUCCCCAGGCGAAGCGGCCGCUAUUUCCGUCGACAGCCAAGGGAACGCCACUUGCUGUCUAGAACGCGACGCCCUGCUCGAGUUUGGCAUUUUACAACGCGCAGCCCGAGUAGCAGCGCUGAAGCAGCGCUGGCGCAGCUUCAGCGCCCCUUUCGAUUUCGAAGGUUGGAUGCGCGCGAAUUGGAGCACUGCUUUCCUGAUGUCCCUCUCCCUGCUUGCGCGUGGAACUGUCAGGGCGCGCGCCGCCAACGGGGCCAGGCCGCGCAGCGCUACCCGAGACGCGGUGGGCCCGGCGCUCAGCGCGGCGAGCAGCCUGCAGUCCCUCCGCGACGGCACCGAGGCGCGGCAGUCUUGGAUCUCUGGAGGCGCCCGCUCGGCCAGAGGCUCCUCGUCGACGCGGCGGGGCUCGGCGAGCGCGGGGCCGCUCAGCUACGGCGCGCUGCGGCGCCGCUCCUACGUCAGCGCGCUGUCCCGGGAGACGCAGGUGGUGCGGGAGGACCUGAGCCUUCUGCUGUGCGCCGUCCAGGCGGCCGCCGACGAGGAGGCGCCCGGCGCGGCCGCCGGCGAGCCGCUGUGGGGGCGCCGCUUCGAGUACCGGGGCGACCUCAAGGCCAGCGGCCUCAUGCACCGCUCCCCGAGCCUCACUGGCGAGGGCCAGACCCAGGGGCAGUGGACGUGCCUGACGCUGAAGCAGCUGCAGGAGCUGAGGGCCUGCCUUCCCUCGGCGCGGCGGAGGCCUUCCACGGCAGGCGGCGAGCUGAGAGGUGCCCCGGCGGGCCGCGGGGCGAGCGGCCUCGCCGCCUCGAGGCGGGGCGAGGCCUGCGAGCAGCGCGCGGCGGGGGCCGACGAGAGGGCGUGGCGCGCGUACGAAGCCGCCAAGGCCACCAGCCCAUUGCGCUGGACCCGACGUCUUGUGCCGGAGGCAUCGUCAGGUGCGGAUAGGCUCAGGGGACGAAUUUCGCAAGAGGAACAAAAACAUGCCGCCGGUCGUUCUGGGAAGCUAUCCGUCGCUACGGCUGGCUUCCCUUCGAGGUUCUCGUCAGGGCGCACCCCGUGA